CUGGCGGCGGCUGCGCGGGGCCGGGUCCCGGAGCGAGCGGGUUCUGUCCGCUGCUGUCCCGGCCAUGGAGGCGGUGUGGCGGUGGCCGCUGUGGCUGCAGGGCCUGGCGCUUCUGUGGGGCCGCGCUAUGGCGGGGCUGGAGCAGAUCAGCACCACGGUUCCGCCGGCGCCGGCGCAGGCAUGUUCAGCGUUUUCCCUGAAGUCCUGUGAAGAAUGUCUAAAAAAUGUUUCGUGCCUUUGGUGUUACACCAACAGCACAUGCAUUGAUUACCCUGUGAGAAGUAUUUUCCCACCGUCUUCAUUGUGCUCUCUCUCAGAUGCUCGAUGGGGAGUUUGCUGGAUAAACUUUGAGGCUUUGCUGAUUGCUAUGGCUGUGGUAGCUGGGCUCAUUCUGGUGUCCCUCACAGUCUGCUGCUGUUACUGCUGUUACUGCAGAAGGCGUUCCAGGAGGAGGAGACUAGAGGAAGAAGAGGAGCAGAUAGCUAGGAAGAGAGAAGAGAGAAGGCUAGAGUCUCUUCAGAGGAAACAUGAAAGAAAAAUGAAGCAUGAUGAAAUACGUAAGAAGUAUGGUCUUCUCCAGGAUUCUGAUAACCCUUACAGCAGAUUUGAGAAUGAAUGAAGAUGGGCACCUUCCACAAGAGCUGUACUCCAGAAUCCAGGAAGACAGUUUGUUUUCAUUAGCCCUUUGUGCUCUUUCACUUUUGUUUUUUUCUCUCCAAAGUGUUUUUUCCUAGUUGUAAAACUAGAAGCAGCUAAAGACUUUCUGAAAUAACAUGUUUCUAUCUCCUACAUGUAUGGAACUAAUUUACCAUAAAUGUUUUUUGUUAUUGAAAUGUUCACUGAAGUUUAUCUUUCCUCUUCCUAAAAUCUAUAUUUUAUUACUUGACUUAGAUGGUUAAUAGUCACAAUAGUGUGAUUUUGAGUUCAGUCUUAACUGCUACUUAAAGCAAUUGUUCUCAUGUUCCUAAAUAGAGAUUUUAUAUAUAUAUAUAUUUUUAUAUAUAUAUAUAUA